UCUGAGUAAAGCUUACUUUAUCGUAUAGUUUUAUUUAUAUAUAUGCUACAUGUUAUUAUACAUAGAUCACUUAUCACUGAACUGUGAUAGCGUGAGUGUCAAGUACCUCACGACUGACACGAGUUAGUAACGCAUACGGAGUUAAAAAAUGGCAGAAGGCAAACUAAAUGAUAACUUGGACAAGUUCUCGGUGCCAAUCAUUGCACUGGAAGUUGGACUGAAACAUUGGCAGUUGGAUACUAUUGAGUUCUUCUUGAAGAGCAAAGAAAAUGAGUUGAAUGGCAUGGGUCCCGACAAGAACAUUUCUAUAGAAACUGGAGAGGAGUUGCGUGAGAUCAUACUCAUCCUGGUCAAUGCAGUAGAACGGAAUUUGACGGAUCUACAAACUCGAUCGUUUGCCAACCGACUUCUGUCACUUUCUCUUAACUUUCUCAAUAAAUUGAUGCAAAUUCUCUGCGAGUGCCAAAUCGUGCCAACCAAAUCUGCCGACGUCAACAAUGCUGAAGGCAUUCCCAACGAAGUCGGCCAUGUUGCGAACCUCGUUAUGUCGUCGAUAUCGCGGCUGCGUGGCUCAGUUGAAGAUUUGCGUGAAGAGGAGGAUGUGGGAAUCCCCAGGAGCCAGUGCGUGCCUGUAUACAUCUCUGACUGCAAUGACAUGUCAUCAGAUGAAAUCGUUGAGCGUGCUAUUCUCUCUGGUCGGUCCCCAGAGUGUCAGCAUUACUUGUAUAAUUGCCGGGGAGUUGAUCUUCUGCAACUAGACAAGGCGAUUCGGACCGGCCUUGUUCUCGUCUUACAAAGUCUCCUGAACAGAGACAUUCUGCGGGCAUCUCGGCUUCUCACUAACAUGGGCUUCGACGACACGUCAAACCUGAAAAAGAUUUGCAUGUUUACGUUUAACAGGCCAUUGAGGGAAUACCUCGCUCAGUGGCUGAUGCAGGCAGGUCACCUAAGCUCCACAGAGCAGGCAUCUCUUACAUUCCUCCUCCAAGUUGAAGAGCUUUAUAGCUGUCCGUCAUUCGCUAACGCGAAGCAGAUGAGGUUAGAGUCGGAGGGCAACAGUUGGGGUGCGUCUCCAGCUAUGCGAGUCCUUCUAACAGAGGCGACGUUGAUCGCAGACGUAGCAGACUGCCACCUGAGUCAGCCAGACGACGUGCACGUGACGCACAGCGAAAGCAGUGCGUACAGUCGCCUCUGCUUGCAUUGGGUGCAGGGAUGGGACGCGGCGACGCGGCAGAAGGUGCUUGCCGAGAGACGGCUGGAAACUGCCAGCGACCACAGCUUGAAGGAGACUGCCAGCGGCGGCAGCUUGAAGGAGACUGCCAGCGACCGCAGCUUGAAGGAGACUGCCAGCGGCGGCAGCUUGAAGGAGACUUCCAGCGACGGCAGCUUGAAGGAGACUGCCAGCGACGGCAGCUUGAAGGAGACUGCCAGCGACGGCAGCUUGAAGGAGACUGCCAGCAACGGCACUUGGAAGGAGACUGCCAGCGACCGCAGCGUGAAGGAGACUGCCAGCGACGGCAGCGUGAAGGAGACUGCCAGCGCCGGCAGCUUGAAGGAGACUGCCAGCGACCGCAGCGUGAAGGAGACUGCCAGCGACGGCAGCUUGAAGGAGACUGCCAGCGACGGCAGCUUGAAGGAGACUGCCAGCGAUGGCAGCUUGAAGGAGACUGCCAGGGACGACAGCUUGAAGGAGACAAUCAGCGACGACGUGCUCUGGGACUACCUGCUCGCUCACGGCGACUGGCCGCGGCUGCGAUCUUGGAUCGAGCGCGGCGCGGGCGUCACGUCGAGCAUGGCCGACCGACUCGACGACGGAGAUGCCGGCACAGACCUCCUGCGCGAGCGCGCGAGAGACUGCCUCGCCGCCAGGGGGCGCUUCUCCGCGGGCGAGCGACGCAGCUUCGGCCUCGUGCUCCACCGGUUGGUCGGCGCGCGGCGGCUGAUGGCCGACGACUCGCCGCACGAUGCCGUGUUUCGUCGCGCGUUCGUCGAGUUUUGCGUCGCGGAAAUACUCCCGCACAUUCUCUACGGCUACGCGAGUCGGUUCGCGCUGAGGGAGCGUUCACCGUGCUUUGCGGCGCGGGAUCUGCCGGACUGGGUUCGCAUGAUGCUGAAGUUUCAGCACGUGGAAGACUUCGAGAAGAUCAGCGCGGGUGAGGCGAGCUGCGAGGCUGUGUCGGAGGCGAGUAGGGCGAACAUGAAGAUGCUUCUAGGCAUUGAUGCAUGUCACUUGCGGCUGAUGACGGAGCAUGGUAGACCACUGCUGGUGCUAGCAGAUCUCUUGUAUAGCAGUGAUAAUGUUUGCGAACGGUUACGGGGGAACCUGAAGGAGGAGGAGACAAUUCGAGCCGCUCUCGCAGAUUAUCCGAAGCUCUUAGACGUGAUCUUCUCAAACGUUCCACCAGAUGGCAGCACUUCGCCGGACAUGACGAUGUACCAGCUGUUGCAGGAGAACUGUCCCUUUGAUGUUUCCCGGCUGUUCUCCUGGCAAGGUUCAAACGCUCUGCGUUCGCAGGACGACGAGGAACGGCAAGCGAACAUGCCGUCGUUCACGACACCGGCGCUUGCGCAGUUCGCCUACCAAAAGGAGUUAAACUUCUUGUACUAUCUGCGACACGGCCGCCCGUCCUUUGCAGCCGUGUCUUUUCUCACGCAGGACAGCGGUGUUCUCAGCGGGAGAGGGCCGAGCAAGGCGGGCACGCGGCUCGUCUGCCGCAAGGCCUACACGCUGGCGACGAGGAACUUCAACCGGCGCACGAUCACCGCCGCCUGCGCCGCGUUCUUCGAGUUUCUGCGCGAGGACAGCUCCCGGCUUCGCAUUGACGUUCAUGCGGCGACGCUCAUCCUCGCCCACAGCCUCGCCGUCGCUGCGCCGACGACAGCCGAAGUCCACAGCGCCAACGAGCGUGCGUGCGCCGUCGCCACGCCGACAACGUCCGAAGUCCGCAGCGCCAACGAGCAUGCGUGCGCCGUUGCCGCGCCGACGAAGGCCGAAGUCCGCAGCGCCAACGAGCGCGCGUGCGUCGGAGAGAUCGGCCGCCUGCUCUUCGCGCUUUCCCGCGGGGACCGCGACGCGGGCGACGCCCUGCAGGCGCGUCUCGGCGCAGCGACGGCGCGUUACAUCGAGGAGCGGCGUCUCGGCGAGACGUCGAUGGAGGCCCUCGAGGCGUGGUGGCCGGCUGCUCUGUUCGCGCAGGCUCACGAUCUGCCGCUGCCGCCCGACUUCCUUCACGCGUGUGCCGAGCGCAACCACUGGUUUGGAUUCUUCGUCGGAGCCGAGUUGCACCGGUAUCCGCGGCGAUCGCUCGACACCGCCGCCGCGCGAUUCCACGACCCCCAUCUCCGCGAGCACGUGCAGUGCGCAGUGCGGCAUGCACGUGGAGGCGCCUCCGAGCGGCGGCGGCGGCGUGAGGGUCGUGACCUUCCAGAGGAAGAAGGCGAAGGGGGCGGCAUGUCGACAGAAACGCGCGACGCGGGAUCCGUGAUCGAGCACGACGUCAUCGCAAUCGUUCUUUCCGCGCAGCGGAGCAGCGGCGGCGAGGCGCGGCGCACCCUGGUGGAGAAAGCGUACGCAACGCGCAGCGCAGCCGUCGCGCUGCUAGCCAGCUGUUUCGGCGAUGACGACGGGCGGGAGACUGACUUAGACUGCCUCUGCGUGUGGCUACUGUGUCACCUCCCUGCAAGUUACUGGCGGCAAGCGACCGCGCACAUUAGCGAUGGGGAGACGCACGCCUGGUGUCUUGGUGACCUCUCUGUGAUCAUGGCCGCUGCCGUGGAGUCGGGCAACCUGAAGGACCUCGCUCUCGCCUUUGCGAUCUUCCAGAACGAUUCCCCCAUGUUGCCGUUGCUGCGUUUCCUCGUGGCUUUCGCAGAGAGUGAGGAUGAUGGCGAUUCGACUAAACACAUCCACGCCUUCAAGCAGGCGUUCGCGAAGUUCUGCCGCGAGCCGAGAUCGGCGUGGGCAGACUGCGCUGGCGAUCGCCUCUGGUUCGAGUCGAUCGCCGUCGAUCUUCUCAAGACGUUUCUGAUCGGGGCGUCGUCGGGUAGAUGGCGGGUCUCGCGGCUGCUCCGCUGCGUCGUCGACAAUGACCUGACCGCGGGGUUCUCGUCACCGUCGGACGCCGACUUCCCGCGCGCGCUCCGAGUCGUUGCCGCGGCGACGGCCGCCGACGUCGACGUAGCCGUGAGCACCCUCUUGCGCGGCGAGCCGGCGUUCGGGCGCGAGUGCGCACGCGCGCUCGCGUGCAUGCUGGGUCGGCACGCGUUUGCGGACGCGCGGCGCUUCGCGGAAGCCGCAGGGAUUCCGUCGGAGCCGAUCGUCAUCGGUGAAGCCACUCACUACCUCGCCGCCGUGCAGGCUCUGCCGGUGUGGCAGGACGUCGCCGCGAGGCACGCCUACUGGCGCAGCUGCAGUCGCUCGUUCGCGCAGAGUUCGCUGCCGGCCGCCACCGCCGCCGCGUUCUUCCAGGAGCACGCGGCGCGCUGCGGCGAUGGCGGGUGCGAUCGCGUGCAGCUGCUGCAGCUCACGCUGCACUGGCUAGGCGAGGAGGACCAGCGCGUGAACGCCUACCACACCGAAGAGCUCGUCUACUCGCAGUGGCUCGCGUUCAUCCGACUCACAGUGAAGCGGCUGGCGGGCGAGGACGCGAGCGAGCGUCCGAACGUGGAGGACGUCGCGGCGAGGGGGAGCCACGCGCGCCGCGACAUGGUGCUGACGCGGGAGCGAGCGUUCGCGGGGCUUCACGAGCGCGGCUGGCCGCAGCGCGAGAUGCUCACGCUGCGGGAGCGCGACGCACUCGACGACGUCGUCGGCGCACUGCUCGACCGCUUCCUCGUGCGCGACGCCUGCCAGGUGGCGCUGCGGUUCCGCCACAACAGCGGCGACCUCGCCGUCGUGCGAACCUGCAUGGAGCUCGCCGAGGGCGUCACCAUGCCGACGGAGGCGAUGCUCGGCGUUGCCGCGGAGACGCCGCGCAGCAUGACGCGCGACGCCAGCUUCUCGAAUCUGCUUCCGCUGCCGGUUGUCGACGCCGACAUUCUCUCGGCGAUGAAGACGCUCACGCGCCGCGCCCGCCACGGCCGCCGCUGCUGCCGCCGCGUCAUCACCUGCUACCAGGUGGCGUCGGUGCUCGGCCGCGGCUACGAGUCGGUGAUGGCGGCGCCGUACUUCGACGUGCUUCGCGAGCUGCUGCUGACGGAGGACUCCGCCUACUUUGCGCUCGCGAAGGAUUUCGUGCGCGGCGGCGGCGUCGACGACGCCGAGAUGUCCGCGUUCCUCGCCGACGCCGUCAUCUCGUCGCUGAAGAUCUACGUCGGCUUCGGCGGCAGCGUCACAUCGGAGAUCUCGCCGCGCAGCAGCAGCGAGCUGCUCUUCAACCCAUCGGACACGUCAGACAGCUUCUGCCGGCUCGCGUGUCUCUGCGGCGACACGUCGCGGCUCGGAAAUCUCCUCCUGGAGGCGGCGGCAGCGCUGGCGCGCAGCGACGCGGCGGGCCGCGCCGCCAUGUCGAUGCGCGUCGAACUUCUCAUCCGCGCGCACGACUGCUACACGGCAUGCUGCCACACGGAGGGCAUCUCGCGCGUUCUCGCCGCGGCACGCGCCGCAGCCUCCGCCCUCGCCGCCGCGGACGAGCACGCGCUAACGACCCGGCUGCUGACGGGCGUCGCGCGCUACGGCGAGAUGACGUACGUCUUCGACGAGCUGCAGCGCCAGCAGCAGCUCAUCCUGCUGCUGCGCAAAGGCGUCGACAAGGACCCGCGCCUCAAGGUGGCGCUACUCGACCACCUCGAGCGGCGGCGGCCGCGCGAUCGCGAGACGUACACGAUGGUGGCGCUGCACUUUGCGAUGCACCGCGAGAUCGCCGAGAUGCUCGAGGAGGCUGCGUACGCGGAGCUCGAGCGGUACGCGGCGCGGCGCGACGCCGACGACGACCGGCGCCACCUGCAGGACAUCGUGCAGUACUUCGUCGACGCGGCGCAGAGCUACGCGAAGGAGGCAUGCCUGCGUCACGCGACUGCUUGCUGGCACAUGGCGCGCGUCGUCGCGCUGCAGGCGCGGCUGCUUCCGUCGCGCGUUGCCGUCGUCUGCCUCGCAUCGCCAAACGACUUCAUCCAGACGCACCCAAUACUCAGCGAGGCGGUCGUCGUCGCGAACGCGUAUGACUGCGUCGCCGACUGGACCGGCGCCCUCUAUCACAACGCGGUCGUCGCCGGAAACGCGUGCUACGUCGACGACAUGCGCGCGGCGCGCAUGCUCACACCGGCGCUCGUCAGCGGCGUCUGCCAGCGCUACCUGGUGGAGAAAUCGAAGACGGCAGCGAUGGCGGCGCACGUGAAGCGCCUCCUGGAGGAGUGCUGCGGUGACCCGCUGGUGAAGCACAGGUUGGCCAGUGAGCUCGGUUUCACGGACGUGUGCGCCGACCUACUGGCCAGCAGUGCUGGACCCUACCUCAAGGAUCGCAUCGGCACCAGCUGACCUGCCACGAGAGGGCGCUGAUUGUGCCGGCCUGCCACAAGAGGGCACUGAUCGUACCGACCCACCACAAGAGGGCGCUGAUCGUACCAACCCACCACAAGAGGGCGCUGAUUGUGACAAUUUGACAGGAGAGCGUGCUAAUUAUUUCGACCUUCAAUACGAGGGAGUCGAUUACAUCAGUGCCAGCUGCCCCAUCACGAGAGGGCACUAGCCAUAGGGGCUUGAUGAGGGAGAGCGAGGGAGGAAAGAGGUCGAGAGAGAAAACUAUGAUAGAUAUAGAGAGAUACAAAGA